CCUCCUCUUCAAGGCAUACCGGUAGUUACCAGAGAAUUAAGACAGCAACUGUUCUGUGUAAAAUUCUUCAUCCGGUUCUUUAUUAAAACACUUUUGUCCCUGCAGAGUCCACUUUACCUCGAAAGAUAUGUCAGUCACUCCAGAUCUGAUCCGUGAGAAACUGAUAGCGGAGAUUGGUGCGAUACACGUGGACGUAGAAGACACGUCUCCAAAUAGAUGUGCUGCCAGUUUUAAAGUUCUUGUAGUUUCUCCUCAAUUUGAAGGAAAACCUUUGUUGCAGAGGCACAGGAUGGUGAAUAAUUCCCUUGCCGAGGAGCUGAAAGAGAUCCAUGCAUUCGAGCAGAAGACGUUGACACCAGAGCAGUGGGAGAAACAGAAAGCACAGUGACACAAAACUCAUUAAAGCAGCCACCAAAUGGUACACAGCAAGUGAAUUAAUCUCUUAUUAGUGGGUUGAUUAUUUUAAUCUUUCCUGCCAACGUAUAAUCAUACCAAUGUAAUAGAAAUCAGAUGCUUUGUAUUUAUAAAGUAACUGUGUUUCAGUUUUACUGUCACUUAUGGAAAACAUCUGUUUUCAGUCAAUAAAACGGAUCAUGGACCAAA